AUGCACUUCUCCACCAUCGGCAUUCUCUGCUCACUUCUGGUGCUUCCUAGCUUCGCUAGCCCCGUGGAGACCAGGAAUCCUACAUCUCUCGCCGCUGACACGAGUGGUAACGAGUCAUGGAUCGGCAAACGCUGCUGCAUCCUCUUUGACAACCCGUACGCCAGAUGCGGAGCCAACGACAAACGCGAGGCUGUCGAGACAGAGGAAGAAGCUCUCUUUGGACCGGAGAAGCGUUGCUGUAUACUCUGCAAUAGCCCGAAUGCUCGCUGCAAGCGUGGCGAAACGCCAGCACAGUGGCCCGAGAAGCGCUGCUGCAUUAACUACGAUAAUCCCUACGCUCGAUGCGACGGUACAAGUGCGUCUGGCGGCUGUCAACCUGUUGAUACGUUGGAAGAGCCUGUUGAGGGCCUGAACUAG